UCAACACUGCAGUCUGUUUGUGACUUUCUCUCAACAUGGCUACGUCACCGACGUUGUAUGUAGUGGACUAUGUCGUGAUUGCAGCAACGUUGUCGGUGCCGUUGGGUAUGGGUGUCUAUCUUGCCGUUAAAGGAAGGAAGAGAAAUACCAAAGAAGAAUAUCUUCUCGGAGGAAGGAAACUACAUGUGAUUCCUGUUACGUUGUCGUUGUUUGUGACGUUCAUGUCGUCCACGUCACUUAUAGGAAUGCCAGCGGAGACGUUCACGACGGGAAUUACUUUUGUUUUACAUGUGAUCGGUGUAAGUCUGAGCUACGUCAUAGGAAUAUUCACUAUCGUCCCCAUCAUGCACUCUCUGCAGGUGACCAGCAUGUACGAGUAUUUCCGCCUGCGCUUCCAAUCUCCCUUUCUCUGGCUCUUGGUGACAGUUGUCGGAAUGUUUCAGAAGAUCGUUUUCACCGCCGUAGUUUUGCUGUCACCUGCAUUAUCAAUUCAAACAGCUACAGGUUUACCAUUUUGGGUGUCGGUCGUCAUUGUGGGAUUAGUUGGAAUCGUGUACACGUCAAUGGGCGGAAUCCGAGGGGUGGUCCUCGUUGAUGUCUUUCAGGCGGCCAUCAUCAUGCUUGGUAUAUUCUUCGUGCUCGUGAAGGGUGUUCAUGAAGUUGGAGGUCUGGACACAACAUGGACCUUGGCGAAGGAAGGAGGCAGAAUUCCACCUGUCGACUUCGACCCUGAUCCCCGUGUCCGCCAUUCCUUCUGGGCCCUUACUUUGGGUGGACUGUUCACGUUCUUUGGCUACACAUUCGAUCAGUCUGCCAUUCAGAGGAUCUGUGCCAUACCGAAAAUGUCCGGAGCCAAAACUGUGUACGCUCUCAACAUAUUCAUCGUCAGUACCUACAUCAUAUGUGUGUGCUUUAUGGGAAUCGUAGCUUACAGUUACUUUGCGACGAUAGGGUGUGACCCCUUCAAAGCCGGUAUACUAACAAAUAGCAAUCAGUUGAUGCCGUAUUUUGUCAUGAAGAUCUUUGAAGAUUUCCCUGGUAUGUCAGGAAUCUAUCUGGGAACAAUCUUCAGUGGCGCGCUCAGUACAAUAUCAUCAAUCACGAACGGUCUUGCUGCAAACACCAUAGAAGAUAUACUGAAACGCCCAUUUGAGAAGUGCGAGACAUCGGAUUCAGUGAAGCUGCUCACAGCAAAACUAGCAGUGUGGUUUUACGGUGGCGUCUGUAUAGGUUUGGCUUUCCUGUUAAAAGAUUUGCCAGGUACAAUCAUACAGACAGCCUUAGCCCUGAUGGGAGCUUGUGGCGGACCAAUAGUUGGGACGUACUUCCUUGGCGCGCUCUUCCCAUGGACAAAUAAAAUUGGAGCCAUUGUUGGAGUGCUCGUGGCCCUAGCCCUGAAUAUAUGGUUGACUGUCGGGGCAACAUUGUACGGCCACCCACCCGUGAAGCUACCCCCCAGCCCCUGGAAACUCAUGUGACAACCUCAUCCCUGGUAACAUGACUUCACCAUACACGACGACAACACCAACCAUCACAAGCACCUUGUCGUCAAGCGACGUCACCACCGCCGACCCUAAAGGCACUGUGUUCGAUAUCUCUUACCAAGAUUAUGGGCUGAUUGGAUGGUUGAUAGCCGUGUUUGUGGGGUCGAUUGUUAGCCUUGUGACAUGCAGGAUGUACCCGCGCAUCAAGGAUGAGAGGUUCCUGUUUCCCUUUGUACGACCAUUGUGGAGAAUCAAGAACUCGGAGAAAUUACAUUUCUAGUUAGAAUUUGAAUUUUUUUUGACAAGGUGUGAAAUAAUGCCUGCAUCUCAAGCGGGGUAGCCUAGUCGUUAAAACAACCGCCCGUCACGCCAUAGGCCCCCACUGCAGACAGAGCAACAAGAGAACAGUCAUGUUGGACAGAAGCAGAAAGAAGGCGAUGUCUGGAGCACAACGUUAUGAUUGAAUAACUUUCUACGGACGUUCUGAGAUAUAUAUUAGGAAUCAUUUUAAUCAAAAGAAAAUGGAAGUACAUCAUUUAGCAAAAACAAGAAAAAAAAAUGGUAUUUAGAUUAUAAUUGGCAUUACAAUUCUCCCUAAGCUCCGAAUCUGCCUACUCGAAGGAUUAAUGUUGCAAUUACAAAACGUGAACGUGUAAGUACUUUACAUGAAAAAUACAGUUGUUUUACACACAGACGCACUCACGCACACGAAACAUGAAGCAAAAAGCAUAAGCCUAGUAUUACACAUUUGGUUUGAAUUGUUUAACCAUUUUAACUUCUGUAACUGAAAAGUGAAUACUAAGGUAUUUAGGCAUUCGAUAUAUAAAACGAGACAUGCCAAUGAAAGAAAAGUUAUUUACUGAAUUUAUGUAAUGACUGUAUUGCUAAUACUUUAAUAUCAAUAUUAUGUGAAAUAAUAUUGUGAUGCCAAUUUACCAAAUCUACACAGGGCAAUAACUGAUUACGUAAAGUCGCCGUUUCUGUUUUAUAGGUGUUAUUUUGUUAUCAGAGCUAAUGGUAUUCAUUAAAUUUCCCACUUCUAUUCAAGACGUACUAUUUGCUUGUGUUCCAACGUUUAGUUAUAGAGAAUAGGAAACAUGUCAAUAAUAUAUUAUAUGUACUAACAACGUUCUUAAGUACCAUCCUCUGUGAACUCGGUGCAAAGUUGUUUUUUGACAUAAAGAAAAGACUGGGUAUGUAUUUUCCUACGUGUCUCAGAA